UUCCUCCGGCGGCAGCAGGUUCUGCAGUUGUACAGGAAGAUCCUGCGGGCGAUUCGCCUCGUCCCCGCAGAAGCGGAUCGGCGCUAUUUAAAGGACUGGGCCAGGGAGGAAUUCAAGAGGAAUAAGGACGCUACAGAGGAGGAUGCCAUCAGGAUGAUGAUUACUCAAGGCAACAUGCAACUUCAGGAACUUCAAAGAGCACUUAAGCUGGCAAAAUCCUGA